CACAGGUGGAUGUGGUUUGUGGCAGGAGCACCUCCGCAGGGGCGGGACUUCCGUCGACGCUGUCCUGAGGGACAGGCCUGCUCACGUGGUUCAGAGGCGCCCAGCCCCACCCCGCACGGUAGCCACUCUAUUCCACAGGGGCGGCCCAGGAAACUACCCCAACAACUCGUGCUCGGCCGCCCGGACUACAACACCCAGCAAGCCCUGCGGCCCCGCGUCUGACUUGCGCAGUAGUCUCCGUUGUAAAAUGCUAUGACAACAGGGCGAAGGCGGCUUGGAUUUAGGCUGGAGUGGGGAGGUGUCUUCCGCAGGCUGUUGUCUUGCAGCCUCACCCCUCUUACAGUCUCCCUGGUGGUUUCAUCCUCUCUGUGAGCAUCCGGACUUGGAGUUUUUCUCUCUUGUCUUGUGGCUUCGGAGGAAUCCAUGUCGUUUCCCCUGCUUGCCUCUGGGGGAUGACAAGAGGGUGCAGGGGAUCUUGGGACUCAUUUCACCUCCGUGGAGCUUGUGGUGCUGCUUGGCAGGAUUCUGUCUGCUUGGGGACGUGGAAAACUUCGAACACAAGACCAAGAGGUACCAGUGGAGUUAAGUGUUGCUUUUCCUUGCACGGCUGUUACUUCUGUUCCAGCACUGGAUCCACGUCAGGAGGGAAGUCUGUGGAUAGUGGGUUCGUAGCAAGGUGAGGCAAAACCCACUUGUUGGCAUCAGACACAGCAGUUUAGAUGGACUAAGCUGAUUUUAUCAGCAGCUCCUCCCAAGCAAGACAUUAAAUUGUACAGCAUUAUUAGUACGUACUGAAACAGGGGUCUGAAACCCGGACAGCGCAUGCGUAGAAGCAAGGUUGAAAGGAAAUGUCCUUAUUUAAAGCCCGUGACUGGUGGUCUACCGUGCUGGGAGAAAAGGAAGAGUUUGACCAGGGCUGCUUGUGCUUGGCUGAUGUUGACAACAGUGGGAACGGACAAGAUAAGAUCAUUGUGGGCAGCUUCAUGGGCUACCUCAGGAUCUUUAAUCCCCACUCUGUAAAAACCGGAGGUGGGCCUCAGGCUGAAGAUCUACUUCUAGAAGUGCAUCUGCGGGACCCAGUGCUGCAAGUGGAAGUCGGGAAGUUUGUCUCAGGCACCGAGAUGCUUCAUCUGGCUGUGCUGCAUUCCCGGAAGCUCUGUGUCUACUCCGUCUCAGGGACAUUGGGUAAUGUGGAACAUGGAAACCAAUAUCAGAUAAAAUUAAUGUAUGAGCACCAUCUUCAGAGGACAGCCUGCAAUAUGACUUAUGGACCCUUUGGUGGUAUAAAAGGUCGGGAUUUAAUUUGUAUCCAGUCAAUGGAUGGGAUGCUGAUGGUGUUUGAGCAGGAAAGCUACGCAUUUGGGAGAUUCCUCCCCGGUUCUCUUCUGCCUGGCCCUCUUGCUUACAGUCCCCGCACGGAUUCCUUCAUAACUGUCUCUUCUUGCAGACAAGUGGAAAGUUACAAGUACCAAGUACUUGCCUUUGCCAUGGAUGCAGACAAGAAGCAGGAGAUGGAACAGCAGAAACUUGGUUCUGGAAAACGACUAGUUGUGGACUGGACUCUGAAUAUUGGCGAGCAAGCCCUGGACAUCUGUAUCAUCCCUUUAAACCAGUCUGCAUCUUCUGUUUUUGUUCUUGGUGAGAGGAACUUCUUCUGCUUAAAGGAUAAUGGGCAGAUUCGAUUCAUGAAGAAGCUCGACUGUAGCCCCAGUUGUUUUCUCCCGUACUGCUCAGUUUCUGAAGGUACAAUAAAUACUUUGGUUGGAAACCAUAGCCGCGUGCUGCAUGUUUACCAGGACGUGACCCUGAAGUGGGCCACACAGCUGCCCCAUGUCCCUGUAGCCGUCAGAGUGGGCUCUCUGCAUGAUCUGAAGGGGGUGAUAGUGACUCUCAGUGAUGAUGGUCACCUGCAGUGUUCAUAUCUGGGGACGGACCCUUCUCUGUUCCAGGCUCCAAAAGUUGAGUCAAGAGAGCUCAACUAUGAUGAACUUGAUGUGGAAUUGAAGGAACUUCAGAAAAUCAUCAAAGAUGUGAAGUCACAAGGUGUUUGGCCCUUGACUGAACAGGAAGAUGACUUGAGAGUCUCAGCUGCAGUGUCUUCUACCCUAGAUUCUGUGUCUCAAGCCACCAAUGUGGAAACUGGAGCCGACUCUGUCCCGUCCACCACAGUGAAGAUUACCCUGCAGAACCGAGUGGUGCUGCAAAAGGUCAAGCUGUCCGUCUACGUGCAGCCUCCACUGCAGUCGACUUGUGAUCAGUUCACCUUUGACUUCACGGUUCCAGAUAUGACCAGCACAGCAGCAUUUUCUGUGUACCUGAGGAGAAGUUACAUGCCAUCCGAGUUAGAAGGAAACGCUGUCGUCUCAUACUCCAGACCGACAGAUCGAAAUCCUGAUGGUAUUCCUCGGGUUAUCCAAUGUAAAUUUAGACUUCCUCUGAAACUAAUUUGCCUACCUGGUCAGCCUUCAAAAACUGCAAGCCACAAACUAACUAUCGACACCAACAAGUCUCCUGUCAGUCUGCUCGGCCUCUUCCCAGACUUUGCCAGCCCAUCAGAUGAUGAUCAAGUGAAUGUAAUGGGCUUCCGUCUCCUAGGAGGUUCUCGAGUGACUCUUCUUGCUUCCAGAACAUCCCAACGAUACCGCAUUCAGAGCGAACAGUUUGAAGAUCUCUGGCUCAUAACCAAUGAACUCAUCCUUCGCCUUCAGGAACAUUUUGAAAAACAAGGAACCAAAGACUUUGCAUGUUCUUUUUCUGGAUGUGUGCCCCUUCAAGAAUAUUUUGACUCGAUUGAUCAUCAUUUUGAGCUUCGGAUAAAUGGUGAAAAAUUAGAAGAACUUUUAGCUGAAAGAGCUGUACAGUUUCGGGCCAUCCAGCGUCGGCUUCUGACAAGAUUCAGAGACAAGACACCCGCUCCACUGCAGCAUCUGGACACCCUGCUCGACGGGACGUACAAGCAGGUGAUUGCUCUAGCAGAUGCGGUCGAGGAAAACCAAGAUAGGCUGUUGCAGUCCUUUGCGGGCCUGAAGAGUGCCACUCAUUUGCUGAUCUUGCUAAUGAGGCUGUGGCAGAGGCUGAGCGCUGACCAGACUGCUAUUCUGGAAGCAGCAUUCCUGCCACUACAGGAAGACACGCAGGAACUGGGCUGGGAAGAAACCGUGGACGCCGCCAUUGCCCACCUUUUGAAAACCUGCCUAUCGAAGAGUUCCAAGGAGCAGGCUUUGAACCUCAGCAGCCAACUGAACAUACCCAAAGAUACCAGCCGACUGAAGAAGCACAUCACCCUGCUGUGUGAUAGGUUAGCUAAAGGUGGGCGCCUCUGCGUGAGCACAGACACUGCAGCCCCACAGGCCAUGGUUAUGCCAGGUGGCUGUACUCCGAUCCCAGAGUCAGACCUAGAGGAAAGGUCACUAGACGACUCCACAGAGCUGUUUACCAACCACAAGCACCUCAUGGCUGAGCCCCCCGUGCCUGAAGUCUCAGCCCUCCAAGGAGUUUUGGAAUAAUCUGGAAUAAUGCUAGCGAGUUGGAAGGAAGAUGCCCUUUCUGAGGCUGACCCUGUGCGGACCACUGUGCUCCCAUCCCGGUGCUGUGCCAAGCCCAUCCCUGAAGACGACUACGUGAAGGAGGGGCCAGGGUUGUUAGUUGUUAGGAGGGCUUGGGAUGUCACAGACAGGUCAGCUGAAAGACAAGAUUUGUCUUUUCUUCCCAGGAAGAUGGUUGCUGCCUUUAGUCACGUUCGCUUAUAGUCAGGAUUUAGCAAGGUGACAAAGUUUGGGGACAGACUUUAUAAUACAGGGAUCCAGAUGUAAAAUAAUUUCAUAGCCCAUUUUUUCACAGGAUUCUUAUGUAGUAACUGUAUCAAGUUUAAUAAAGCAUUGUAUCGUCAAACAA